UAGCCAAGCUGUUCUGCUUCUUUUCACGCUGUUUGCUCAGCCAUAAAGUAGGAUCAGGAUUUGUCUGCACACACAAACAGGUGAACGCAUUCCCUGGUUUACAACUAUUGAGAUUGCAGACGCCCAACCUACAACAAGGUGUUGUCAGAGCACAAUGACACAAAACAGCCCUAUCUGUCAUCCACUCAACCACCGCUGGCAGUACCAAGACAGUUUUUGCACUGCAUCUGCUGGACCUCAGUGGUGAGCAUAAGGGCAUCCCUGAAGGCACAAGGCAUCUAACUUGGAAGGGGAUGUAGGCAAAUGGUGGUCCUUCCAGAUUCUAGUUUCUGUGGGAGAGGGAAUCCCUCGCUAAACGUCAUUACCAAGGAUACCAAACAAAAACACAACCCCAUAAAUGGGCACGUACGUCAGCGGAACUCCUAGGCGGGACUUCUCAUCCUUUACAAUGCUUCGCUCGUACUACAUGGAUUCAUUCAUAAGACAAGACUCGCUACUGUGGGCUGUGACUAUAUCGCUGCUCAGUUUACACAUAGUGGAUUUUUACAUGGAUCUAUAAUUGUAUAUUGGAAAAACGAACAACGGACAUCGUUUUGAAUUGGAUGAAUUCGUUUUUCAAAUUCUGAAUGUAAAUACAUUUCCCUAAGCAGGGAACUGGAUUAACUUCUUCAUGCAACUUUUUUGGAAAGAGACCAAGAACAUUUUACCAGAGCACAAUACAAAACACAUUAACGCAGGUGACAUUACGCUUAUUCGGGGAUCACAAGGCUUCUCUUUCGGCUCUGCCGGGGAAAUGUACCAAGGGUUCCCCGGCGACUUCGAUUCCGGAUCCCGUGGAAGUUCGUCUCCGUCUAUCGAGUCUCAGUACCUUUCCUCCGUGGACUCCUUCGGGAGCCCGCCGACCAGUACCUCACAGGAUUGUGUGUCUGCUGGAGGCGGUGUAGGGCUAGGCAGCACCUCCGGGGCUGUCAGCAGUGGAGUGGACAUGCCUGGCUCCUUCGUGCCCACGGUCACAGCCAUCACAAGCAGCCAGGACCUGCAGUGGAUGGUGCAGCCAACACUCAUCUCGUCCCAAGCCUCGGGUCAGAGUGGGACGGGGACUUCUACUAUGACCCAGUCCAUGUCCCUGGUCGAUCCUUAUGACUUGCCAGGUCCCAGUUACUCCUCUGGUUCUAGCUUUACCCCCGUAGGCUCGGAUCCCCCGGGGCCCGGCCCGGCUCCGGGGCCCAUCCGUCAGUCCAGGACCCGUAGCCGCCAUGCACGAGAAGAGUCUUUGACUCCUGAGGAGCAGGAGAAGAGACGUGUUCGACGUGAGAGGAACAAGCUGGCUGCCGCCAAAUGCCGAAACCGUCGGCGCGAACUCACCGACAGACUGCAGGGGGAGACGGACAUAUUAGAGGAGGAGAAGGCUGAACUGGAGGCUGAGAUCUCUGAGCUGCAGAAGGAGAAGGAGCGCCUGGAGUUUGUCCUGGUAGCCCACCAGCCUGGCUGCAAGAUCCCCUACCAGGAGCAGCAGGCCUCGGUCUCCUCACAGCCCCAGCAGCUGCCCCUCCAGGGCCCUGUGUCCAUCGUGGGUUUGACUGUGAAGGAGGACACUUUCUACCUGCCUCCCCCCUACACAUCACACCCUGGCUCUUCACAGCAGCAGCAGCAGCAACAACAACAACAACAACAGCAGCAACAACAACAACAACAACAGCAGCAACAGCAGCAGCAGCAGCAGGUUAUCCCAGGGCCGGGGAUGAUGCAGGAGGUAGCGUUUUCUAGUUCUUUCUAUGGCUCAAGCGAGCCCGCGCCGGGCGGGCCGUGCCUGGUGGCCGACGGUGGUGGUGGUGGUAACCAUGACGGCGCGGCCGCUGGUAGCUACAACCCUUCAUACACAUCCUCAUUCGUGUUCAGCUACCCAGAGGGAGGCUGUGGGGUCAGCGCUAACCAGAGGCACAGCAGCAGCGAGCAGUCCUCUGAUUCCCUGAACUCGCCCUCGCUGCUCGCCCUCUGACUGACCGACAGACACACGCCACAUGCACAGUCGCAGGCCACCGCGGCCAAAAAAACGUGUCGCUCGCGGCAGAUGCCCGGGGCCACCGACAUGCUCAGACAUAGGAUCAGACGAGGGUCAAGUUAAAGCUCAUUCACAUUCAUAAGAAGUUAACAUAAAAUCCAACAAAAGUUUGACCACAUUACAUUUAGCUCUUCUAUACAGGCCCGUAUUGUCUUUAUGGGCAAGCCAAAUGUAACCAAUCAAGUAUUUAAAAUGAAUUUGAAUUUGAGACUCCAACUAUGGGCUCUCUCAGUUAUUGGCUAUCUGUGAAAUGUCCUUUGACACACACACACACACACACAUGCACACCUGUCCUGGCCCUCGUCCCCUCUGUCGGUCAUCCUUCUUCUACACUGCUCCUGCUCUCAUCCCUCUCAUCCUCUUCAUGCUGAAUGUGUUUGUGCUCCAAUAGGGAUGAAGGACUUUUGGGUUUGGGUCUUUUUUUAUGGGGCCAGACUGCUGAGCCUCUGCUCAUCCUUUCCUCUCCUCCUCACCUUCUUGGCUACUCUUGCUUCUCCUUCAUUAUUUGGAACUUGGAAAAAGGGGAGGGCGUCACGGCCCCAGCUAUCUGGCGCUUUCUCUUUUUUUUAUCCUGCCGUCUACUGUUCGUCCAUCUCUGUUUCUCUCCUCCCUCUCUCUCUCUCUCUGUCUCUCUGAAGUCUUCAAACCCCGAGAGCCCGCUGAGUCCUUCCAGCCCCUGGGAUCUUGACUGAGCGCCGGCCCAGCUCGCACGCUCCCUCAUCCCCACACGGACACGGACGCAACUCCCCCCCCCCCCUUUCCCACUGAGGAGCCUUGGAGUGUGUCGCUCAAAGCAGACCUCUAAACAAAAAAUGCAAAAAGCCACAUACACAUUGGAAAAGACAGAGAAGAACGAGGAAUGUCAAUGUAGAGAUGCCCUCUUUAGUCUUUUUGUCCCAAGCUUUUGUUGGGAGUGGAAACGGUGGACAGGAAUUGAGAAAGAGAAGACGUCUGGAGAGCCGAGUUUGUGUGCAGGUUGAGAAACGUGAAAAAAAAGCACAAACAAAAGAAAUCCUAUUCUUUCCAACUGUGUAUGGGUUACCUCCUGUUGUCACAAGUGUACUAAAGAGCCUUGUUCCUAUGGGCCAGGUAAAUACAUACUCAUGCCAUCACUUACAAGCAUCUGAGUUGCCGUCCAGUUGUUAAUGAUACUGUUUUGUGUAACGUUCUCCGCCUCUAUCACCAGGUUGUGUUUCAGUCUUAGUUUUGACAGAGAAAAUAUAACGGUGGGAAAACGUUGCGGGGAGUGUAGUUUUGGUAAUUAACCUUUGUCAGACAUGAGUGUGUUGGUGUCAGAUGUGAACUAAUAGGUUAAAAAAAAAAAAUUUUAAGGAAUCUUGAACCAACCUCUGAACAUUGGAAUGAGUGGCGUGUGUGCCUCUCCUCGUGGGAGGUGCCUCUCCUCGUGGGAGGUGCCUCUCCUCGUGGGAGGUGCCUCUCCUCGUGGGAGGUGCCUCUCCUUGUGGGAGGUGCCUUUGUUGUGAGUGGACCCCACUCAGAGCCACUUGCUCCAUUUCUUUCUUUCUUGAUUGAGGUUGAUGUGAGAGCUCAGUCCUCAGCUAGAUGUAGAGAGGUGGACAAGACAAGGUCAUGUUUAAUGAGUGUGUUUUUCAUUCACCUGUGAAUUUAUUAAUUUAAUUUUUAAGUGAUAUUUGAUAUGUUAUUUUUUAUUUUUAAUUUUUUUUUCGAACUUGUCCUCUGCUCUUGCCUACAUUGCUUUAGCCAAACAGAGGUUCUUGUUUUCAAGGCAAGUUUUCCUCUUAAGGGCACAAUCCGCAGUUGCAAACAUUCCUUUUUUUUAUUAUAAAUUAUUGAUAAAAACCCAUUAGUUCUUGUAGAGUAUAACUUAUAAAUGCCUAAUGAGCUUAGUUUUAACAACAUAAAUGUAAACAAAUGCUUUAUAGUCUCAAAACAUGGGGAAAACUUUAAUACUGACAUCAUGGCUGUCUUUUGUAUCCAUAUGUCCAUCUCUGAAUUUGAGAGGGGUUCUUUUUCUCCAGCCCCAUCCCAACGUGUUUUAGGUGGUGAGGGGAGGGGCAAGAUACACUUUGUUAUUAUAUCAACUGCAGAUUGGCCCUUUAUUGUUAUUAUAUCAACUGCAGAUUGGCCCUUUAUUGUUAUUAUAUCAACUGCAGAUUGGCCCUUUAUUGUUAUUAUAUCAACUGCAGAUUGGCCCUUUAUUGUUAUUAUUAUAUUGCAUUGUAACUAUUAUUGUGUUCUUAUUUUAUUUUUUAUGUUAGUUUUGGCAGCUUCAGAUGCAUGUUGUGCACUAUAAACAUGUUUUCUAUGUGUCAAAAGUAUACUUAAAAGCCUAUAUACAUAUACAUACAGAAAAGAUGUAUGAGUGUAUGUAAAAUGAUUGUAAAGUAUGAAUGUUUUAAAAUAUAAAUGGGAUAUUUUUGUCAAUGAAGAAAAAGAAGCAAGGCUGUUGAGGCUGGUUUUAAAAAUUGAUAUUUUUCUAAAAGCGUAAAGAAUUAUAACUAGAGUACUUCACCUUUCCCUCAACAUGAAGUGUGUUUUCACUGCCUCUGCUCAUGUGUAUUUAUAUGUUUUAUAUAUAAAGCACAUUAUUCAGGAUCGCUAUAUCUAACAUGAUACUGUAUGCGUUAUAGUUUGUUCAUAAGAUGAGGUCAUUGAGGUGGUGCUGUUGCCUUUGCUUUUACAUUUGCCUGUUUGUUCUUCUUUGUGAGGUCUGUCCCAAUGCCUAAGCCGCCAAAAAGCUUAUUGUCACCACUUAGUCCACUUCGGACCCAAAAUGAGGAAACAAGUAUUAAUUGAAUGUCAAAAUACAUAUUAAAGUAUUAACGAUGCAAAUCAUUUUGAAUGGAAUGUUUUUGUUGAAAACAGGCUGUCACAGUCUGGUGUGUAUUUUCAUCCCAUGUAAUCCUAUCAUCAUGUGAUUUUAUUCUGCAGACAUUUUUGGAGAGCUUUUUAACAGUGGCCCUCUUUUACCUCAAGAUAGUUAUUUUUGAUUGUUUCAUAACUUGAAAGGUCAAUGGAUGUGAAAAAUAGAAAAAACAUGGUUUGGUUCCAUUAAUUGGGCUGAUCGAGGGCUCAGUUGUGAAUUGAAUAGAGGGCUCGUCCAAUGUCAAUGUGAAGGGAAAAACAAAUCACUUAAGUGCCAAAAAAAUUUGCCAAAGGUGGCUUUGUAAGACAGCGGACAGGCCUCACGUGCCGAUAUCUCAUGCCUUUUCAUUUCCUUCCAUGAACCUACCAUGGUAUUGCUGAUUAUGUGUGAAUGGGUCCUGCAUAGGUAGUGAGCGAAAUCUGGCAAUGAGGGCUUGUGUAUAGAUUGGUUUUGUGGUGCUAAUCAUAGUUUAUCAGAUUAACUUCUCAUAGAAUGUUCCAGGAGGUUCAGUGAUUAGGUCCAUGCCAACAUGGGUUUAUUUACACUACUACUACUGGAACGCUGUGGAGAUUGAUGACAACAAGAGGGAGCGAUAGGGAGAAACGGUCAAUUAGCGAAAGAAAGGAGGCAGGAAAGCAGGAGAGCGAAUGGAGAAGAUGUGAAGAGGACGAAUGAAGAGUCAGAGGGAGUAAACUAGUGGUCGAGUCAUUUUUAAACUUCCUCUGUAAUAUUCAGAGUUGAGCCAGGCCAGUAAUAAUGAUGACUUAGACUGCCUGAACUCGUUGUAUCUUUGAACCUGCCUUGAUAUUAGACCAACUGAAACAGACUGACGGUGUUUUACCAUCGGCCUCCCUGACAGAUGCUUUAUUUUUCCACAAGUUGCAAGCAAUGUUAUGUUUUGAAUUUGAAACUAUGAAAUGCAAUAUUCAUAUCCUCUGGGAUAGACACGUAGCAGAUUAUACGAAGAGCCUAAGUUCCACAACGCUCUACGUCUCCUGGCGCUCCCUUUCUGCUGUGCUGUGUGUCCAGUGAGAUCACAUGUUUGCUGUCGUUUUGAAUCCCUGUUUUGAACUGUUCCGUGAUCUUUCAUUGAUAUGGCCUGUUGUAUUAAUGUCAGGAUGCAGCGCUGAUGACCUCAUUUAGUGGAGGUUUAGGCGCUUGGCCUUUGUUUAGAAGUAUAUUUAACUCUUAAAAUAAAUUAUUAUAUCUUUAUUUUUUUGCAUUUUCUUUUGAUGCCCUUUGUUCAUUGUGCUGACCAGAUAGUUACAUGAAUAAUAUUGGAAUAAUAUUUGAAUACUGGAAUUAGUAAUUUCUAGCAUCAUAGGCCUAAAAUGUAUUUUAUUGGAAGACAUGGAAAAGGUGCUGCAUCAGAGAUAUGUGUGAGAUUUUUACUCAAAUUAACUCAUGAUGGUGCUUUGAUAACUACACAUUUGUCCUUGUUCAAUGCAGAAAAUGAGUAUUUGGCUGUUUAAUGCUCAUUUAACUUAUCUUGCAUUUUUCUGAAUUAAUCAAUCUAUCUUCAAUGUAACUUCUGACUAUACAGUACUAACUUUUUUAAAUGGACCAAAUGUUAUGACAGGUUAUCUGCCAUAUUUGUAUCUUGAUCUCCCUGGCCUUGUCUACUCUUUGUUGAUGUUGAUAGACUGUGAAAGCUGAGUGAGCUAUCCUCUACUAAACUGCUUAUAUUAUCAGCCUACUCUUUAUUGUUGAGAAAAUGGCAUUUAAUAAACAGCAACAUUGUCAAGGUGA